ACUAGAGAAAACGUCUCUCUUUCUGUUGUCAUUUAAACAGGAAACUCAGACCAUUUCCAGACAGAAAUGUUUGUGUUGUUUCAACUUUCUGCGUGCUGCUUGUUGUUUUUAAUGGGUUUCUCAGAGGCAGUUAUAUCCUGCUUAAAUGAGGACGGUCAGCCGGUUGACUGGUUUAUUAUGUACAAACUUCCCAUUUACAAGAUGGAGGUUAAGGGAAGCGGAGUAGACUACAUGUAUCUGGACCCAUCCAUCAUGGAUUUUCAGAUAAGUAAAUAUACAGUCAACAGCAGUAAUGGAGCUUUAGGAAGAACAUUGACACAGCUCUACUCUGGCUAUACAUCCAACAGCUCAGUGUAUAUGCUUUACAACGAUGCUCCACCAGAACUAAAGUACCCAAGCAAGUACGGACAUACAAAAGGGGGGCUGAUGUUUGACCAGGAUCAGGGAUUCUGGCUGACACACAGUGUUCCUCAUUUUCCUCCAUUCCCAGAGAGAAACUACAGCUACCCUCUCACAGGAAAAUACUAUGGACAGACUUUACUCUGCAUUACCUUCAACUAUACACAGUUUCCUCAAAUAUCAUGGCAGUUAGCAUAUCUAAAUCCACGUAUGUAUAAUUGCUCUGUCCCUGUGGCAUUUCGCCCAGAUAUUGGAGAAAUGGCACAAAUUUGUGAUGGCAAGACACCUGCCAUAAAAAACAGGAAGAGUUUACAAAAGCUGCAGUCAGUUCAAGGACAGACGUUUUACAGUUUUGCCAAAUCACAGAACUAUGUGGAUGAUAUUUACACAGGCUGGGUGGCUCAAGCACUGGGGACAGAUCUUCUGGUGGAAUCAUGGCUUCACCAGGCACAUCAACUCCCCUCUAACUGCUCACUUCCCUGGCACGUGAUGAACAUUAACACGGUCUGUCUACCCGGACCUCAGAUGUUCAGAAGCUACGAGGAUCAUUCUAAGUGGUGUGUGUCUUAUGCUUUUAAAGACCAAUGGACAUGUCUGGGGGACUUGAACAGAGAUGGUGGUCAGGCUGGCAGAGGUGGAGGGUUAACAUGUUGUCAAAACUCAGUUAUUUAUAAAGCUUUCCGUCAGGCCAUGGCCAGUUAUAAACACUGCUGAAAAAAAAACAGUUUAAAAACAUGACAGUACAGAUCUCAACAUAAAUGAGUAAAAUUUU